CAACUGCCAGCAGGACCCACCUGCCUCCCUAAUCCACAUGCCCUCAACCUCCACCCAUCCCUUGCCUCACCUAUUAAAGUUCAUCGACAAGCAAACAACUACCAAGAGAUAAGAGCAAUCGACUACUCUUGUUCAAUUUCUUUGCUUUUCAGGUGACGCUCGUAGGAUUAGUGUGGCUUUUCCUAGUACUUGUGCUGCAUGGCCAUGGAGGUAGAAGAUGAUGCUUUCUUUGCGGACCUAAGCAAGCAGAUAGCUCUGCUAAUUAUGGAUGACGACGACCAAGAAUUCCCGGUGCAGCGUCCCUCGCUUCCAAUUCAGGGAUUCCCUUAUAUUCCCCAAACCAUCAUGCCACCACCAUCCGGGUGUGAGGUGGCCUACAGAAGAGAGAGCAAGGGGACUGGAGUCUUCAUUCCCCGGUCGACGCUCCCUAGAGGGAAGAACAAGCCUGGAAGAUCCACUCCAAUUAACACCAACUCCCACAAGCAGCCUGCCAAACCAGGAGGUGCAGUUUCUAGUGUCAGCAGCAACAAAAAUAUCAUAUGCUCUAGUUACUACAGUAACUCUGCUGUGCUCAAGAGGCAUAACUAGGAGCUAAAGAGAUCCUUAGCUCAUACUAACCUUAAUCUGGUCUUGGAUUGUUGACAAUGUCAAGGUCUUCUAUGGUCACUAUAUAAAUUCAACAACAAACCUCUUCCAUUUGCUGGAAUAAUUGAGAAGAGGGCUUAAAAUAAGCUUCCACCAUCUUCUACAAAUUGUACAGCUACACUGAUGAAGGGCAAUGCAACAGGUAGUGGGACAAGUGAUCACUGAAUGUAUUCAUAGAUUAUUGAAUGUAUUCUCCACCCUCUUCUAUAUAGUGACCACUAGAUGAUUUGGAUUGA